UUGGCAAUGUUAACUCUAGCUAAUUCUUAGUGGAUUUCUCACUAACUCAGCGUUACAAAAUACUGUAGCAAUGAGAAAAUACACCCAAAAGUUCCGAAAAAGCAGGAGAAAGAUAUCUCCUGUACACCGUCCAGAUCAGUCUAAGUUGUAUGAUAAGAUGCUAUUGCUCAAGGCAGGUUUGGUCCCUACCUGCCCCGGAGCACAAGAAACCAUGUAAUGUCUCCCGCAUAAGCUUUUCCUACCAUGGACUUGGAUGUGGAUGCUUUCUGCCACAAGAUCCUGGUCAACGUCGGCCACUUGACUCGAGCCGACCGAGCCUCGCUGUUCCUGGCGCAGGGCGGCAACAACAACAAGUACCUCGUCGCCAAGCUGUUCGACGUCACCGUAGAUUCCGGCGUCGAGCAAGCGGUGGUCAACGCAGCGCAGAGAAGAAUUCUGUUGCCGUGGGGGGUGGGCAUCGUGGGUCACGUGGCAACCACCAAGGAGAUACUCAACAUCAAAGAUGCUUACCAGGACCCUCGGUUUGACUCGUCGGUGGACAGGCGUACGGGCUACAGGACGAGCAGCGUGCUCUGCAUCCCGCUCUGCGACCAGGAGGGCUCGGUCGUCGGCGUCGCUGAGAUCAUCAACAAGAAGAACGGAUCCAAGGAAUUCACGCAGCACGACGUCGAGGUGGUCAAGAGACACUUGGCCUUCUGUGGCGUUGGCUUACAAAACGCUCAUCUCUUCAAUGUGUCAAUGCACGAGUACAAACGGAAUCAGCUGAUGCUGCAACUCGCUCGUCGGUUGUUCGAAGAGCAGUCUUCCCUGGACGGCCUCGUGACCAAGAUCAUGACAGAGGCUCGUGACCUCAUAAGGUGCGAGAAGUGCGUCGUCUACCUCAUCGACAGACUUGAUUUGGGAGAGACUCAGACAACCAGCCCAACCAAGAAAGGCCUAGAGUUGUGUUCCUCGACUUCCGUGAACUGCAAGGCAAUAAAAGAUUCAAGUCCGGAGUCAUCCUGCUUGCCUCUGCCGGAAGCCGUGUUUUCUGAAACUGUAAAACUGAGGACUCGCAUCCAAGCGGCUUUCGAAUUGUCAAUUCGUGACGGAAAUUAUGCCAUCAGCGAGCAUCAAGGACCGCAGCUCAGCGAGUCCAGUCUCGCCAUGCUGGCCGCCUACGUCGCUGACCAGCGAAGAGCCCUAAACAUCGGUGACGCUCAGGACUGGCUGGGGGCGCCGCUCAUGGACUACGGAGGGCGCAUCAACAGCGUGCUCUCCCUGCCUAUAUACAACGCCUCCAAGGUGGUGCUCGGCGUAGCGCAGAUGAUCAACAAGGAGAACGGAAGAAGGUUCGGCGAGAAUGACGUACGGACGCUGGAAGCCCUUGCGAUAUUCAGCGGCCUGGGCAUGCAAAACAUGCUCGUCUACGAGAAGGCUUGUCGACUGAUGGCGCGGCAGAAGGUUGCGCUGGAGUGCCUUAGUUAUCACGCAACUGCCGCUCAGGACGACACUGAAAAACUGCAAAAUGCAGAAAUUCCUGAAGCCAGUAAAUUUGAGCUUUACAGUUUCGACUUCAGCGACAUCCAUUUGACGGAUGACGAAACCUGCAUGUGCGUCAUCCGAAUGUUCAAAGAGUUCAAUUUCCUGGAAAAAUUUAGGAUACCGCAACAGGUGAUGUGCCGGUAUGUGUUGAGUGUCAAGAAGAACUACCGGCCAGUGAAGUACCACAACUGGCGUCACGCUCUCACGGUCGCACAGACGAUGUUCGCCAUGCUCAAGACCGGCAAGAUGGAGCAGUUCAUGAACGACCUCGAGAUGCUGGGGCUUCUAGUGGCCUGCCUGAGUCAUGAUCUAGACCACAGAGGGACGAACAACUCCUUCCAGACCAAGACCGACAGCCCCCUGGCCCUGCUGUACUCCACCAGCACCAUGGAGCAUCAUCACUUCGACCAGUGCGUCAUGAUUCUCUCGCAGGACUCGAACAACAUUUUUCAGAUGCUGUCGCCGGAGGAGUACCGCCGAGUGAUGAGGGUGGUGGAGCAAGCCAUCCUCAGCACUGACAUGGCCAUGUACUUCAAGAAGAAGAAUCAGUUCCUGCAACUCACGGACAACGGAGAGUUCGAUUGGCAGACUGAGGAAAAGAAAGAACUGUUGUGCGGUAUGAUGAUGACCGCGUGCGACGUGUCAGCGAUCGCCAAGCCGUGGGAGGUGCAGCACGAGGUGGCCAAGCUCGUGGCCGACGAGUUCUUCGAGCAAGGCGACCUCGAGAAGCUCAAACUCAACGAGCAGCCCGUGGCGAUGAUGGACCGCGAGAAGAAAGACGAGCUUCCUCAAAUGCAAGUUGGCUUCAUAAACGCCAUCUGUCUGCCGCUGUAUAAAGCGCUGUCUGAAUCUUUCCCGUGGGUGAAGCCGCUGUACGACGGCUGUGAUCGCAACAGAGAGCAGUGGCAGAAGCUGGCAGAGCAGGUCGAGAUGGGACUCACUUGGAUAGACCACGAGACCAUUGAAGAGCCCGUCGAGCUCGUCGACUCAAAAGUGAUGAGCAAGAUCACCCUGCAGCCCAAGCCCGACCAGGCCAACUCAGCGCUUCACAAGAGACAGAGCAUUGCUUACCCAAAAAUGAAGCAGAAGACUUCAGACAAAGGACUGAAGCGCUGGUGCUGCGCUCUGUGACGAACGAGCUUCGCCGCACCGCGAGAAUAUAAUGUAUCAAGAUCAAACUCAGCCUGGAAUCCGCCUGCAGCAAUCGUUUUUUGCUUUGGACAACGCAAGGAGUCUGAAAGGACGGUGAUUUAUCACUUUUUUAUUGUGACUCGAAGAAGAAUUUCGUUUUUUGGAAGAGUUUCAGGCGCUCAAGUGUAUAUUUUACGAUGACAGGAUCGUCAAGAGAGAGAUGAAGCAGUUUUAUUUAUUGUUCAAUCAAUCAUCGAGGCCGAUUGAAGAAACCUUUGAAUGAAUCAAGCCUGCACAAAUAACUGUAAUAUCCACACUGGAAACCAAGUCACAGCUCCGCUGCUUAUUGAGAUGAAGGCUAUGUUGUAUUCCAUUUCAAAGCGCUGCAUGUAUACAUUCAUACUAUCUGUAUCACGGCUCGCACGGUUUAAAUAGUUCAACGCAGCAUAAUCGGUUGUUCAUCAGUUCAGGCUAAUGUGUCCAGACUAAAAAGAGACAGAUGUUGUAAAGUAAAUCUUUAGCUCUGAACCUCUCACAAAUGCGGUUUGAUGUGGAGUAUAAUCGAUAAAAUUGUAUAAUUUUGUGAAAUAUUCUGGAACACCUAUGGGAGAAGCGGCGAUUAAAUAGUCUUUAGAUGACGGUAUAAAUUAAAAUGAUUGCUGUUCAUAGUUGGUAUUUUGUAACGCUUGGAACUUACAGAAGAUUCUGGCUCGGUCCUGUACCAGAACAUGAAUUUGGGCAUUUCGCUCCGCAAGCUACUGAUACGCUUCUUACUCGGUGAUUUAAUGCUACUUUUAGCAGGUAAGAAGGUUUGGGUUCAUAAUUUAUGUCACAUAAAUCAAAAUAAUCUCGCUUCUGUGUAAAAAUGUUUCGUCAUGGGGAUGAUAAUUCUCUUCUGAAUAUUAAUUCAGCUGUAUUGGUAGCAUCGAAGAUAUAAAAAUAGUGGGAAUUUGUUGUUUUCUCCUUAGCUUGAUUAAGAAAACUUCAUCAGGCAUGAACUUUCUUUGUUCACACCUCAGUGUCUCGUAUCUUCGUCGCUGCAUUCGUUGCCUUACGAGCAUUGCCGCUUUCAUCAUUUUAAUUUUAUUUUUACGUGCUCUGAA